AUGUACCUAACGGAAAUCUCCAACUUCCCGUCACUCCUUCCCUUCCGAGGUGCUAAGAAACAUUCCAUUCCGUCCAAUUUGGACCUCAUCUCUAGCUCAUUCGAUGACGCUGUGCUCCACCACUUGAAAUCUCUCGGUCCGCCGUUCAUCAGCUUGUCAUGGCUCUCCAAGGCCGUUGAUUUUGUUGCCUUGACUCACUCCGAAGUGAGAAACCUCAUCUCUAAUCUCAAGGUCGCGCCGCCUCUAGAUGAUUCGCUUACUUGGUAUUUGGACCACAGUGUCAAGUUCUUGGACCUCUGCAACUCCAUCUCUGCUGAGAUCAAACGCCUUCGCCAGCGCCGCCUUCAUCUCACCUUCGUUCUUCACCUUCUCGGUGACCGAAAGGGUGAAGAGCUCCCGUCGUUAGAGAAUCUUCGCCGAUCUCGCAAAUCUCUAUAUGAUUUCGAUCGUGGUGCUUCUUCUGGCUUUGGAAAGUGA